AUGGGUUCCGACUUCAAGGCUAUCCCACUCAUUGAUAUUAGCCCGCUUGUGGAGAAGAUCGAUGACCCAAGCAUGGUCAGCGACGGGGACUUGCUGGAAGUCGUCGGAAUGCUGGACGGCGCCUGCAAGGAGGCCGGGUUCUUUUACGUGAAAGGCCACGGGAUUGCGGAAUCAAUGAUGAUGGAAGUCAGGGAUGUCACGCGCAAGUUCUUUGAGCUUCCUCUCGAGGAAAAACAGAAGAUCCGACUGACACCUGGGACUGGAUAUAGAGGGUACCAGAGAGUGGGCGAAAACAUUACCAAGGGUAAGCUUGACAUGCAGGAAGCAAUUGAUUGCUACGCGCAUAUCAAACCAGGAAAGUAUGGAGAUCUUGGUAAACAUUUGGAAGGACCUAAUUUGUGGCCCGAUCACCCGUCAAAUUUUAAUGUACUCCUGGAAAAUUAUGCGAGCCUUCUACGAGAUCUUUCAAGGAAGAUCAUGCGAGGUAUAGCCUUGGCACUGGGUGCCCCGUCGGAUGCUUUCGAAGGAGGAACGGCAGGAGACCCCUUCUGGUAUCUCAGGUUGAUUGGUUAUCCAGUCUCAGCAGAUAUUCCAAAAGAGCAACGCACUGAUACUGGAUGUGGUGCUCACACAGAUUAUGGUCUUCUGACACUGGUUAACCAGGAUGAUGACAUUUGUGCUCUUGAGGUCAGAAACCUGUCUGGCGAGUGGAUACAGGCCAAGCCAAUCCCUGGGACCUUUGUCUGCAACAUUGGUGACAUGCUCGAGGUUUGGUCGAAUGGAAUAUACCAGCCCACGUUCCAUAGAGUUUUCAACAACUCCCUUCGUUACCGUGUAUCCGUUGCCUUCUUUUACGAGUCGAACUUCGAUGCCGUCGUGGAGCCUGCGGAGUUGUGCCGGGAGAAAACAGGCGGCGUUGCAAAGUAUGAGAAGGUUGUUUACGGGGAGCAUCUGGUCAAGAAAGUUCUCAACAACUUCGUCCUGUAAUGUCGGGCGCACGUGCAUGCGCCGGUGUUCUCGUGCUGCCCUUUUUUUAAUC